AUGUCCCUCACGCUGUGGAGCGGUGUGAGCCCUGAGAACGCGCGCAUGCACAAGAUUCUGGCUGCGGCCGCCCUCGCCAACGUGCCCGUGACGCUGAGGCCGUGCGAGUACGGCCGCGAGAACGAGACGGCGGAUUACUGCCGCAACUUCAGCCCCUGCGGCCGCUACCCCGUGCUGCAGACGGAGGGGGGCUGCGUCUUCGAGUCGAACGCCAUCCUGCGCCACAUCGCGCGCCUCGACCGGAGCGGCGGCUUCCUGUACGGCCGCACGCCGCUGGAGGGCAGCCAGGUGGACAUGUGGCUCGACUUUGCGGCGACGGAGCUGGACGCGGCCGUGGUGCCGUUUGUGCUGCACGCCUUCCGCGGCGAGCCG